AAAAAAAAAAACUCAAAGUCUCAACCUCCAUUCAAUUUUCUAAACAAAAAACAUGGCUCAGCUUUCCAUCAAGAGCUUUCAGCUCCUCAGAAGAUCUUAUGUGGUUGCUGCGGAGAACAUGAAAGUGCUACCAGUGGCAGCUUUUAUGAGGAAAGAAACAGAUUUGAGGGAAGAAAUUUCGGCAGAGCAGAAGGAAACGUUUUGGAUGAAAGAUCCGAAGACCGGCAACCGGAUUCCAGAGAAUCAUUUUGAUGACAUUGAUGUUGCAGAGCAAAGGGAGAAAGUUCUUCCAAAGAAACAGAAAUAAAUUUCGAGAAACUUGAAUAGGAAUAAUUAACGUGCAAAGACUUUUAAGUUAUAAGCAAUAGGCAUAGCUUUGGCUGAUAAUGUUAAGUAAUGAAGCUUCUGCUGAUAAUUUCUAUUACUAUCGACUUAUAAAUAUACUUGCGUUCCUGUUGUCCAUGCUAGUUUUGCCAUGCAAUGAGGCUUCUACGUUAAUCACAUUGCGUUUAGAAAUCUUGAUAAUCUAUGUAAUUGGUAAAUUCCAAGAAUGCAGUUAAAUUUAGAUUUUAGAGAUGUCCAUGGAUUGAAACAAGCCAAACCAUUGGCCUU